AGAUGCACCUCACUUGAUUUAUCUGAAGGGCCACACCACGGUCACUAUAAAUAUUCACCCCGCGACAAGUAACGACACAUUUCGCCACCCCACUGGACACCUUCAGCCUUCGGCCGCAACCCCUGCUGCAUCGUCGGGAACCGCAGUGCAAAUGGAGUGGAAGAGAGAGAUGACACUAGUUCUCUACUUACUGGUCGUCAUGGCAACAGCGGCCUGGGCAUCAUCGAGAGAGAUAGCUCAGGAACUGAUGGACAGCGAAAAAACAGCUGAGAGGGUCAAGAAAUGCGUCAACACUGGAGAUGACAGCUGUGCCAAUGGUUACAUUCCUGGAGCAGGAACUGAUGAUGAUUAUUUCAGCGGUGGAAACACUCCAGGGAAACGGGCGUCACUGGAUACCUUGAACCUUCAACAGCGCCGUGCAGCCUGGCUGAGAUGUCUGAACACUGGAGAUGACAGCUGUGCCAAUGGUUACAUUCCUGGAGCAGGAACUGAUGAUGAUUAUUUCAGCGGUGGAAACACUCCAGGGAAACGGGCGUCACUGGAUACCUUGAACCUUCAACAGCGCCGUGCAGCCUGGCUGAGAUGUCUGAACACUGGAGAUGACAGCUGUGCCAAUGGUUACAUUCCUGGAGCAGGAACUGAUGAUGAUUAUUUCAGCGGUGGAAACACUCCAGGGAAACGGGCGUCACUGGAUACCUUGAACCUUCAACAGCGCCGUGCAGCCUGGCUGAGAUGUCUGAACACUGGAGAUGACAGCUGUGCCAAUGGUUACAUUCCUGGAGCAGGAACUGAUGACGAUUAUUUCAGCGGUGGAAACACUCCAGGGAAGCGUUCUGCCUCGAGCUUUAACUUGAAGCGCCACUGCGUUCUGUUUCCAAUGAGUCCCGCCUGCAGAAACUUGUAGUGGGAAACAGGAAGACGUCACCUAUCUCAAAUAUUCCACCGUGAGGUGGAGCAUCACCUUUGGAUUUCAAGGCUGUUCCAGCAUCAUUAAAAUAAUUUCAAUACAAAAUAUCAGUUCCUUUCAGGGUUUAACUUAAAUAUGUUUGUUGUUAAUCGAACAUUCAUUUCCUGAAUGUAAUUAAAAUAAGCAAAGUCUAAGAAAUAAAACAAUUAUUCAGAGAUCACGGAAAA